CAGCGCAAUUAAAAGAAUACAGGGGGCCGAGCAUGGCAUGAUCACGAGAAGGAAGAUGAACAAGUGAAGUUGCAGCUGAAGAACAUUUUCUUCUCUCCCUUCUCCAUCAGUCACUCGCUUAUCACCUUUUCCCCCUCCCCUCAAGAUAUGGCAGCCCACAAGUGCCUUCAAUCCCUAAUGUUUAUGCACUUGUUGGUUCUGAUUUCUUGGGCAUUUGUACCGGUUGAGUCUUUGAAUGAAGAGACAGCUAUUCUUUUGGAGUUCAAGAGAUCUCUUGUUGAUUCCCUCAAUAAUCUUGAUAGCUGGAACUUUUCGAAUUUGAAUCAUUGCAAUUGGAUGGGGGUGGGGUGUACUGAUGAUUAUAAGGUAAACUACAUCAAUCUCAAAGGUCUUCGAUUGUCUGGUAAUUUAUCUCCAAGCAUAUGUAAGCUUCCUUACUUGAAGACAUUGAAUUUGUCUAAGAAUUUUUUUUCCGGUCCCAUUCCUAGUGGUUUAUCUUAUUGCCAGCAUUUAGAGGUUUUAGACCUUUGCACAAAUAGGUUCCAUGGUGAGAUUCCAGCCUCACUAUGCAAUAUUACCUCUCUUAGACAGCUUUUCCUUUGUGAGAAUUUUCUAUAUGGUGGGAUUCCGGAAGAGAUUGGAAAGUUACGUUUUCUUCAAGAUAUUGUGAUUUAUAAUAAUAAUCUCACUGGGGUAAUUCCCUCGUCUAUUGGAAAAUUAAAAUGGCUGAGGACAAUCAGGGCGGGUCAGAAUUCUUUAUCGGGUGUCAUACCCGUUGAGAUGGCUGAAUGUGAAAAUUUACAGAUUCUUGGGCUGGCAGAGAACAGAUUUGAUGGAACGUUUCCUACAGAGCUCCAAAAGCUUAAGAAUCUGGCCGUUUUGUUUCUUUGGGGUAAUCUUUUUACUGGCAGUAUUCCUCCUGAGGUUGGUAACUUUACUAGUUUGGAUAUGCUUGCUUUACAUGAAAAUUCAUUCACUGGAAAUCUUCCCAAAGAAAUUGGAAACUUAACCAAUUUGACCCGGUUGUACGUUUACAGAAACCAGUUGAAUGGUUUGAUCCCGCGAGAACUAGGGAAUCUUGUAAACGCAUAUGAGAUAGAUCUUUCUGAGAAUAGGUUUACUGGAUUUAUACCAAAAGAGCUGGGCCAGAUUCCAAAUCUGUAUUUGCUGCAUCUUUUUGAAAACCUUCUGCAGGGACAUAUUCCUUGGGAGCUUACACAGUUGAAACAACUUCAGCAUUUAGAUCUUUCAAUAAAUAAUCUGACUGGUGAAAUCCCCUUGGAGUUUCAGAACCUCACAUCACUGGUAAAUUUUCAGCUUUUUGAUAAUCAGCUUGAGGGUACCAUUCCCUCCUUGAUUGGGGCAAAUAGCAACCUCUCUAUUCUUGAUAUAUCCAUGAAUAAUCUUGUAGGCAGCAUACCAGCACAAGUUUGCAAGUCUCAGAGUUUGACUUUCUUAAGCCUUGGGUCAAAUAAAUUGUCUGGAAAUAUCCCCCAUGGUUUAAAAACUUGUCAGUCUCUUAAACAGUUAAUGUUGGGAGAUAAUCAGCUUACAGGAAGCCUCCCUGUUGAAUUUUCCAAUCUUCUUGACCUCUUUGCUCUUGAACUAAACCAAAAUCGAUUUUCAGGGGAAAUACCUUCAGAGAUCGGGCUACUGAGGAAUAUCAUGAGACUUCAAUUGUCAGAUAAUUAUUUUGUUGGGCGUGUUCCAGCAGAGAUUGGAAACUUGACGCAGCUCGUAACGUUCAAUAUCUCAUCUAAUAGACUGACUGGAGGUAUACCUCACGAGUUGGGAAAUUGCAUAAAGCUUCAACGUCUAGAUCUUAGCAAAAAUAGGUUCACUGGCACUCUUCCAGACAGUUUUGGCAAGCUGAUAAAUUUGGAACUGCUUAGGCUAUCAGAUAACCAAUUGAAUGGCAGAAUACCAAGUACUAUCGGGAGUCUAUCGCGGCUUACUGAACUGCAGAUGGGUGGUAACCAUUUUUCUGGUCUUAUACCUGUGGAACUGGGUCAACUUUCGACUCUUCAGAUUGCCCUCAACAUCAGUCAUAAUUCUCUCUCUGGAAAAAUUCCAGAUACCCUGGGGAACUUGCAGAUGCUGGAAACUCUAUACUUGAAUGACAAUCAGCUAAUUGGUGAAAUUCCAGCUUCUAUUGCUGAUUUGAUGAGCCUCCUGGUCUGCAACCUAUCUAACAAUAACCUCAAUGGUACAGUUCCAGACACUCCAGUUUUCCAAAGGAUGGACUCUAGUAAUUUCAAUGGAAAUGCUGAGUUAUGCGGACCAGGUUCUUACCACUGCCAUGCACCUUCAGUCUUGUCAGUGGAUUCAAGCUCGUCUAAAGGCAAACCUUCUAAGGAAAAAAUUGUAAGCAUUGUCUCUUUAACAGUUGGCUUGACCACUUUAAUUGUCACAGUUGGCUUAUGUUGGGCUAUAAAACGCCGAAGACCCUCUUUUGUUUCCCUUGAAGACCAAGUGAAGCCUAAUGCUCUUGAUAAUUAUUACUUCCCAAAAGUUGGAUUCAAAUAUCAGGAUCUUGUUGAUGCCACUGCCAAUUUUUCAGAAAGUGCAGUAAUAGGCAAGGGAGCUUCUGGUACCGUCUACAAGGCUGUCAUGUCUGAUGGUGAGGUGAUUGCUGUCAAAAAGUUGAAAAGCCCUGGUGAAGGAGCUAGCGUUGACAGCAGCUUUCUUGCUGAGAUAUCAACUCUUGGAAAAAUUAGGCACCGAAAUAUUGUGAAGCUCCAUGGAUUCUGCUAUCAUCAGGACUCCAAUCUUUUGUUGUACCAAUACAUGUCAAAUGGGAGUCUAGGAGAAGCACUUCGUGGGAGCGAUAACACCUGUUCACUGGACUGGAAUGCUAGAUACAAAAUCGCGCUUGGUGCAGCAGAGGGAUUAUGCUACCUCCAUCAUGAUUGUAAACCCCUGAUCAUUCACCGGGAUAUCAAAUCAAACAACAUUUUACUGGAUGAGGCGUUUGAGGCUCACGUUGGGGAUUUUGGCUUGGCAAAGUUAAUUGAUGUCUCUAAUUCCAAAUCUAUGACAGCUGUUGCUGGUUCAUAUGGCUAUAUUGCCCCAGAGUACGCAUACACAAUGAAAGUGACAGAGAAAUGUGAUAUCUACAGUUUCGGGGUAGUUCUAUUGGAACUUGUUACUGGGAAGCCUCCAGUACAACCCUUGGAACAAGGAGGAAACCUUGUAACUUGGGUCAAAAGAGCAACCCAUGGCAGGGUUUCUGAUAUUUUUGAUGUGCGGCUCGAUCUGAGUUCUAGUAGGACAAUUAAGGAGAUGACUUUAAUUUUAAAAAUCGCUUUGUUUUGCACCAGUACAUCACCAGUUAAUAGGCCUACCAUGAGAGAAGUUAUUGCAAUGAUGUUAAAUGUUAGGGAAGCUGCGAGUAACACACCAUCAUCUCCAACCUCAGAAACUCCUUUGGACGAGGAUGAAUCUGACAGAGGUUCGAUGGAGCUAUAGGAUACAACCCUUCUGAUCAAGAACGGUGCUCAAAGAAGGGAUAAUUAAUCUGACAAGGGAUAUCGAUCUGGAACACCUGUUAUGUAAUUAUUUCUUUUGGAUAAUGCAGGGAAAAUAAGAAAGCUUUAUAGCUUCUAGGCAUCUCUGUUAUGUUGCUCGAGUUGACUGACCAAAAAUGUAAAGGUUAGCGAAAUGAUUUGCAUCAUUCUUACUGUACAAAAAGGAAGUAAAUCUUCAUCAUAAUAUCAAUAUAUGGAUCUCUCUCAAUAAUAUAUCAGUAGUUUUAGAUCUUC